AUGCCGCCCCGAGGAGUAAAGAACAAAAAGCGCAAGAAACGCACGUGGGAUGAGAUCGGCCAAGAAGCGCACGCGCACCGUGACGCCAGCGUCGACGAGGUCCGGCCUUCGUUGCCGCAACUGCCCGCGACAUUGCCCAAGGACGUCACAGGUGUACCGGAGACUUUGCUCGAUGAAUUCGAGAACAGGAUCACUCAAGAACCGCCGGAGAGACUUGUGGAAAUGCUCGCGAAGGGCGAGGUUACGGCCACGGCCGCCACGAAUGCGUUUCUCCGGCGCGCGGCAAUUGCGCAGGAAUUGACAAAUUGCAUAACCGAACUCCUCCCGCAACGUGCUCUUGCCCGUGCUGCAUAUCUCGACACGUACUACACGACGCACAAGCGGCCCAUCGGCCCCCUGCACGGCCUACCCAUCAGCGUCAAAGAGCACCUGGGCAUGAAAUCCCUCCGCCUGCACGCCGGGUACAGCGCAUGGUGGGACAACAUCGCCUCGGACGACGCACACGUGCUCAAGAUCCUGUGGAACGCCGGUGCCGUGUUCUACGUGCGCACGACGGAGCCGCAGAGCAUGAUGCACCUUGAGACCGAUAGCGUGUUGUAUGGCGUUACGGUCUGUCCGUUCAACACGGCUUUGUCGGCGGGUGGGAGUUCCGGGGGUGAAGGCGCGUUGUUGGGUCUCAGGGGGAGUUGUUUGGGCGUCGGGACUGAUGUUGGUGGAAGCAUCCGCAACCCGGCCGCACUGAACGGCCUGUACGGCCUCAAGCCAACGGGCUUCCGCAUUCCAACCGACGGAUGGUCCUCGAUCGCCGCGGGCGCCGACAAUGUGAUAAGCUGCAUCGGGCCAUUGAGCACCUCUCUCGCAGGCCUCUCACUCUUCAUGCGCGUCGUCAUCACCGCGAAGCCCUGGCUCGUCGAGCCCGCCAUGAUCCCCCUCCCGUGGACACCACAAGCCCACGCCAUCACAGCAACCACAAAACUCAGAAUCGGAGUAAUGCUCCACGACGACAUCGUCCUCCCACACCCGCCCAUCACGCGCGCAUUGACCCUCCUGAGCGAGAAACUCGCAGCGGUGCCGAACGUCACGGUCGUGCCGUGGAAAGCGCACGUGCACGACGAAGCCUGGGCCAUCCUGAGCAGUUUGUACUAUCCGGACGGCGGGCGGGGCGAUGCCGAGAUCCUCGCGCAGACGGAUGAGCCGUGGCGGCCGUUGACGGAAUGGAUCAUCAAGGAGAAUCCUUGUGUCAAAGACCUCAGUCCCGCCGAGUUGGGGUACUGGCUUGAAGAGCGCGAGGAAUACCGUAGGGAAUAUGCUGCGAGGUGGAACGCGACUGGUUCGGGGUUCGGGAUGGGGUCAAGACCAGGGAUAGGGUCAAGACCAGAUGGGCCUGGUGUUGAUGGUGAUGGUGGUGAUGACACUGUCGAUGUGAUCCUGUGUCCUGUUGGACCUGGUGUGGCGAACCGCCAUAACACGGCCAAAUACUGGGGUUAUACCGCUGUGUGGAAUCUGCUGGACUAUCCGGCGGCCGUGUUUCCCGUGGAUAAAGUCGAUGCGAGAGUCGAUGUGGUGUAUUCGAGGCCGAGGGCGAGUUUCAUGAGCGGUGCGGAUGAGCAGGCGUGGAGAUUGUAUGACGACGCGCAAGAGUUUCAUGGUCUGCCAGUGAGUCUGCAGCUUGUGAGCCGCAGGUUUGAAGACGAGAAGGUGUUGGCUGUGUUGGAUUAUAUUCAUCGGGUCGUUGAGUUGCCUUUUUGCGGGAAGAUUUGA